CUCAACUUCCGUACGGUAUGUACAUACCUCGCGUACCUCCAUGCACUUCUACCACCACCGGUAAGCAAUUUUGCUGAUCGCGGUCCCUGGCGGUUUGGAUUAGCUCAGAAACACGCCAACACCCUUCCCACCACACACCACACGCACAAAAACUCCCACAAAAAGGCAAGGUUCUGCUUUUACUGGUAGUGUAUUCCAAGCAAAUCGAUCCUCACCAUGACGAGACAUUCUGCGGGAAGCCUUGUAGAGCCGCGUCCAUUGGAUGUCCUGUGUGGCAAAACAAGAGAGUGCUUGGUCCACCCCGGGAGCAUCCGGUUUCGAAAAGUAAUUGAAUCUUACGCUGAUCGGUAUGAUCGAUCCGAGGGCAAGUUUUCCAAGACGGAGCUCACCCGUGACAUCUACAUUGAGAUUAGUCAAACAUCUCGUUUUCUCAAGUACAACAAGGUAGCGGGGGGAUGGCAAGAACUCGCGCAUAGUGUAGCCAGAGAUAAGAUUGGUCAUGCGCUUCGAUUCAGUUCUGCGAGAAGGAAGAAGGGCAAGUUUGCCAAGGAAGUCGCUCCAUCUCUUGCUGCUGUGCUCAACAAUGAAGAUGGCUCCUGUGAGGACAACAAGGGCCAAGACGUGGUCAAAUCGUCGGAGCAGGAGCGGGAAGAAGGCUGCGUUGCCCAACCAACUAUCACUAUCGCGUGCGUUCGGCUGGUGCUGGCAACCAAUAUGGCUCCAAUCCACAACACGGGUAUGGUGCUUUUGCCAACAAGCAACGCAGUUGCCCCCUUCCUACAGCAAAACUUUGUUGUGAGUGAGGCCCCCGGAGGCAAGAUGCAGGUUCUUGACGACCACAAGUUGCAAGCUGACGACGACGACCUGGAAGCGGACAUCGCGGACUUGUCUGCGCUUGUGUCUGAUGACCCAUCCAUGUCCAUCCAAGAUGUGCUUUCAGACUACAUCAACCGCAAUCACCAAGUGACUCCAAAGACCAACGAAAGCGCUUUCGCUAGUGCUCUCUUGUCUCCUGCGGAAAGCGACGGUGUUGCCAUGGCUACGGUAUCAGGAGUGGACGAUAACUCUUGGAUGGACACCCUUUUCGAUGCUUGAUUUGUCAGACGCACCCGCCCCAACCCCCUUUUGAUUGAACAUACCAUUUGCACAGCUACUCAACGGCAUCGAUCUUCUCUUCUGUGAAAUACGCCGAUCUUACAACCUCCUGUUCGAUGCACUCGAAACGCCAACGAAACAAUACUGUACAGUCCAUGCAUGUAUGAACAAAUUCCAGUACCUGCACAUACCGCUGUAUCGGCUUACUACUUGCCCUCCAAGUUCCAAGCCUGCACAUAUCCUAUCUUGCACAUAUGCAUACUAUGAACCAUACCGGUACCGGACUUGGAGAGCUACCAAAGUCCUUUAGAAAUAAAAUGAACAUAAACCUAUCUUGCAC